AUGGCCAUUGAAAACAUCGUCCCUGCGAGCGGUGGUGGUGCCACCACUGUUCCUCUCCUUAUCAACGGAAAGGAGAUUGCCACGCCGACUGUGUUUCCUGUCGUGUCUCCCGACGUCGGCACGGGCUCCAUCUGGCAGGCCUCGUCGGCGUCGCGCGAGGAUGCCGUGGCCGCUGUCAACGCCGCCCGCGACGCCUUUCCGGCGUGGUCUCGCACGAAGCCCGCCGUUCGACGAAACAUUCUCCUCCGGGCCGCCGAUCUCCUCGAGGCACACGCGGCCGAGUACCAGGCAUACAUGGUGCAGGAAACGGGCUCGGGCGCUGGGUUCGCCGAGUUCAACCUGAUGACGUCGCGCGAGAUCAUCCGCGACUGUGCUGGACGCAUCAGCGGCGCCCUGAGCGGCACGGCGCCCAUCUGCGACGACGCCGACACGCAGGCCCUGGUGGUCAAGGAGCCCUAUGGCGUUAUUCUGGGCAUUGCGCCUUGGAACGCCCCGUAUAUUCUCGGCAUCCGGUCGGUCGUCUACGCGCUGGCGGCGGGCAACACCUGCGUGCUCAAAGGCAGCGAAGUGUCCCCGCGCUGCUUCUGGGCCAUCGGCGCGCUCUUCCGCCAGGCAGGCCUGCCCGACGGCUGCCUGAACGUGCUGUACCACCGCCCGGCCGACGCAGCGGAGGUCACGCGCAGCCUCAUCGAGCACCCGGCCGUGCGAAAGAUCAACUUUACGGGCAGCACGGCGGUCGGCCGCAUCAUUUCGGAACUGGCCGGACGGCAUCUCAAGCCGGUCCUCAUGGAGCUCGGCGGCAAGAACAACGCCAUUGUCUGCGAGGACGCCAACGUGGCCUAUGCUGCGCAGCAGUGCUGCUUGGGCGCGUUUUUGCAUGCCGGUCAAAUAUGCAUGUCCACGGAACGCAUCCUCGUCCACAGGAAUGUCGUCGAGGCUUUCAAGGUGGAGCUGAAAAAGGCCAUCGCCACCAUUUUCAGCGAGGCGGCGCCGGCUCAGCCGCUUGCGCUGCCUGGUGGCUACGACAAGGUCACCAGCCUCGUCCAAGACGCCGUGGCGAAAGGCGCCGGUGUGUUUCACGGGCAAGCGCCGGCCUCUGCGUCGUCGUCCACCUCGUCCCGCACCAUCCACCCCAUUGUCCUCGACGGCGUCACGGACCAAAUGGACAUUUACCAGACCGAGAGCUUUGGCCCCUCCGUGUCGCUGAUUUCCGUCGCUGACGACGACGAGGCCGUCCGCAUUGCCAACGACUCCGACUACGGCCUCAGCGGCGCCGUCUUUACCGAGGACCUGGCCAGGGGCCUGUCCAUUGCGCGCCGGAUCGAGACGGGGGCGGUGCACAUCAACAGCAUGAGCGUGCACGACGAGGCCGGCCUGCCGCACGGCGGCGUGAAGAGCAGCGGAUUCGGCCGGUUCAAUGCAGAUGCCGGGCUCAACGAGUUUCUCAAGACCAAGACGAUUACGUUCCGUCCGAGCAAGUAG